UUGAAGAGAUUCAUGGCCUGUGUCAGUGGUCUGUGUUUGUGACGGAGCAUCUUCUAGGAGGGAAACAGUGAAAUGGUUGGGAAAGCACGCUCCUCCAACUUCACAGAGGCAGAAAAGAUUGACCUUCUGCGACUGGUGAGGCCCCACGUCCGGGUGAUCGAGGAGCACAAGCACAAGCACUCGGCCAUCGUGGAGAAGAACCGCUGCUGGGAGGCCGUGGCGGAGUACUACAAUGCCCUAGGAGGGGAGCGCCCCCCUCGCACCGCACAGGGCCUCCGCACGCUCUACAAGCGGCUCAAGGAGAAUGCCAAGCAGGAGCUGGUGCAGCAGCAGCGGGCCCAGCCUGAGUACCGGCAGCAGCUCUCUAAGCCAACCAGGAGGCUUCUUCUCAUGGUACCAGCCUUCUUUCAGAACCUCCAGAACAAGGAGAGUAGCUGUUUACACAGAUUUCCUUCUGGCCAGUCAUCUUACAGAGAGGAGCCUGGGUAUCUCAGUUCCCAGCCCACAAGCUCGCAGAGCCGACUGCCCACCCUUCUUGCAGCCCCUAAUACAGAGGUACAUUCAAACGAAGAUGCAAAACCUCUGGGUCCACACCUGAUUGACAGCAUGGAGAUUGGGAAUGAAGAUACUGAUAAUGCUGUGGACAGCUCUGCUUCGUCUCGCCCAUCUUCUCUUAAUAUGAUGGUUGUGCUGUCAUCUUCAUCUACUUCUCACUCCCCUCAAACAAACACGUUAUCGAGGCCCCCAACGAGAGAAAGCCUGAGCCGGGCAGCCACAAUGCACCAGCUGGAAGCACUGCAGUUGUCAAAAAAGGAGCAGGAGCUGAGCAUUGAGAACCACAGGAAGAUGGGCCUGUACAUCGAACUGAAACGGGAAGGGCUCAAGAGGAAGCAGCAGCUGGAGGAAGAGCUGCUCAGGGCCAAAAUCAAAGUGGAGAAACUCAGAGCAUCCAGGCUUAGGCAUGGCCUACCAGAGUUCAACAGCAUGUAAACACAACCCAGCUGUUUAUUUAGCCUGUAUCUACUGUAUUCACCUUUUCAAUGAAUACCAAUCAGUCUUCUGAUUCUUGCACAGGUCUGUAUUGUGUGCAGGUCUGUAUCUGGCAUAACAUCCAACCUGUUUUGCCAGGUUGGGUGUUAUGACAGUUGUGGGCCACGCUGCAUUUUACUAAGACAGCCCAUUACUACCAAAUCUCAGUUGCUGGCUACUUCUUUUCAUGACUGACUACACCGAAUAAGCUGGGCUAGCCAAUUAUUUUAUGCGAAGGUCCAGCUUUCUUGGUUACAGCAAGAUUAAGGUUUGGAGCAACAUUUUCACUCUGACUCCUAUCCCCAUAUGCAGAAUCACACAUAGGUACACAAAUAUAGUUAUUACACAUAUUGUUGCUGGUUUCAGAGUUAUUUACUAGUAUCCUUCCCUGCCAAAAGCUAUUAUUAUAUGUUUUUGUUA